AUGCAACUUUCAGCCGCGAUUUCUCUGCUCUCCAUGCUAGCCACGGCUUAUGGAGCCGCUGAGUGUACCCGCAACGGAUUCUACAACGGUCCUUUUGGGAGCAACAGCAACCUAAAUGCUCCUACAAACGUCGGCCAAACCUUGACUUACAGAUGGGCCGGAACCCCCAUCUACAUCAAGAUGCAAUCCAAGAGGGACUCCUGCGAUCCCGACGGUGAUUGCGACGAUGAUAUCACCUUCAACUUCAAGAACCGCGGUUCUAGGCAAGUCAGAGCCCGGAUAGAGGAGUCGAACAGGGAUCACUUGGAGAUUGUUCUCCCCCCUGGUGCAGACUGCGAUGUGGGGCGGUAUUUCACUCGCGGGGAUGCGCCGUACCAGGUGUCCUUUGCUUAA